AAAAAAAAUAUCUGCAUUGUGGAAAUUAUGUGCAUAGAAAAAAAAAUUCAAAAUUUUUAUGUUCAUUUCAAUUCUAAGCACGUAAUUCACACUAUUUUUUGUUCCAAAAAGAUGAAAACUGAAAAAAGUCUCCCUUGGUUUGUGGGUAGCAACAGAAAAAAAAUGUUUUCUCGAAUGAUGCUCGAAAAAAGGGGGGACUUGGAGAACAACAACUUAUAAAAUUCAUUUGAAAAUUAAAUUUUGUUUUAUUCUUAAUGCACAAAAGGAAAAUUAUAAUGAAAAUCCAUUAUCCCAUCUUUUCACUCAUUAUGCUUGCUUCAUGAGAAUGACAAGGCAAAUAAUUAACUCAGAGGCAUCCUUUGACGCAGCGGUUCUCAAACUAUAUGUCGUGAGAAAUUCUCCAGGGUAGGGGAAGUGUGACUAUUGCUAUGUUAAAUUUUUGACUGUUCGUCAUUAAUCCACACCGCUGAUGUAACAUAGUUGCACAAUCUAAAAGAUCUUUUGCUAAUUCAAUAUGACACAAGAGUCGUUAGCAGCAUGCCACUAAUGAUAAUUUCUAUUUAUAUCAUUCUUAUUUCUAGUCUAUUUGUUUUUGUAAUUAAUAAUGUAGGGACUAGCGCGUACGCAAGUCCCUGCUACCAAAAAUUUCGCGAACGAGUUACUCAGAUGUUGAGUAAUCGCAGCAGUCAUCUCCAUCGAAGUGCAAUGACAGAGACUCAUACUGGGGAAACAGCCUUAAUGAUCACUGUAAUCCCUACGCCAGCUGUCAUCGAUGGCGUUGACACGGCUGGAAUGAGUCGUGAACAACUGGAGGCAUUUUGUAUCAAACUAAGGAACGAAUUAGAACGCGAACGUGAAGAACGAAAUUUCUUUCAAAUUGAACGUGACAAGUUAAGAACAUUUUGGGAGAUUACACGAAAACAAUAUGAGGAUUCGCAAGCCAUCAUACGUAAUAAGGAGCGCGAGGUUGAAUUGGCGCAGGAGGAAGCUGAUUUAGAGAUAAAGAAUGUAAUGCAGCAAAUGAAACAUCUUCAAUAUGAGAAUCAGAGUCGAAUUGGCGAGAUGCGAGCUGAAAUGAUGACACAAUUGAAGCUUGCACAAGAAGACCAUGCCAUUCAGGAACGAGAAUUGUUUAAUGAUAAGCGCGAAUUGAAAAAAAUCUGUCGAGAACGAGAUGAAUUUAAUGAAUUGCAAAUUCAGCAGAUUAAAAUGAAACAUUGUGAGCAUUUAAGCUUGGAACGAGAGAAGUUUCAGAAUGAAAUAAAGGAAAUGGCAAAUUUACAUGAGCGUCGUCUGCAAGAAUAUAUGGAAAACUCAGAGAUUCGUCAUCGAAUGGAAAUGAGUGAGGUUGAAGAACGAAAGAAUAACCAAAUAAAGCAAUUGAUCGAUGCACACGAGAAAGCAUUUGGUGAAAUGAAAAGUUAUUAUAAUGACAUAACUAUUAACAAUCUGGCAUUGAUAAGUAGCAUUAAGGAGCAAAUGGAGGAAAUGAGACGUCAAACUGAGAGAAACGAGAAGCAAAUGGCUGAUGCUCAUUCAGCAGCUCAAAAUAAGACUAUCGUUGAACCGGUAAAAGAUAUUCAGGCAGAAACGAUUGAACUGCGUAGAAAAUUGGAAAAUUACCAAAAAGAUAAAACAUCAAUGCUGAAAUUGAAAAAACGAUGCGAUGCAUUAAGAAAGCAAUUGGAUAACAUUAAAUUCGAGCUCGAUGCAAAAGUUUUACAUUGUGAGAAAUUGAAAGAGGAACGAGAUGCAUUGAAACAGAAAUUUGAGGAAGCAGUUUUAAAUGUUCAACAGAGAUCCAGCCUUAAAAGUGCAGUGUUAGAAAGAAAGCUAAGCUUCCUGGAGAAGGAAACAGAACAGCGUGAAUCAUUAUUGGGUGAAGUGUUGAAAGCAUCUAAUAUCGAGCCAACUGCCAUGAGCGUUCGAAUAGAAAAACUUUUGUCUCAAAAGAAUGAAAAGAUUCAAGAUCUAAGAUAUGAACUAGCACGAGUCUCUAAGGCAUACGAUGAUUUAUUGGAGAUUUACAAAUCAAAAAUGAUCAAGUUUGGAAUUCCAAUUGAGGAAUUUGGCAUGAUGCCAUUUCAUCAAAGAAAAAUGGCAUCAUCUGUAUCAAGAAUGUCACAUUGAUUUGAUAUUAUUUGAGCUGAUUCUUGAUUAAAAUUAAAUUCGCACGUUUGAUUUACUUGAAGUAACUUUGGGGAGUCAUUUAGAUUCUCAGCCCUAGCUAGGUAUCUGGAUUUGCAACUAAAACUGUUUAAAAAUUGAUAAAUACUCUGCAAUCUAUAUUUAAUAUCCCUUAGUGUUACACUGUGUUACACAAUGUCCAAAUGGCUCCAAAUACAGUUCAGAGAUUUCAAUACAAAGAACGUGCUAAUUAAAAACACUCUCAAUAGCAUGAAAGUCAAACAUUUAGGUUGAAAACUUAAGAUUCCUCUAACAAGUCACAAACAUCAAUAAUUAAUGUCCUAAUUAAUUCAUUGCACUUAAUAUUAUGUACAUAGCAUCUCCUGCAGAAAACAUAAUGCACGUAAAACUGCAACAGGUUAUAACAUACACCCAUAAAGUCCUUUUGGCAUCAAUAUCCCCUAACAGACAAAGAGCACGCUCUGAACAUGCUUUUUAAAAAUCAAUUAUUUAAUUUGAUGACGCUAAAUUAGCGUACUCUCCCAUAUAAAUGGAGAUCGCAGUACGGUACCAUAAAAAUCACGCUCUCAAGAGUACGCUUUUUUUACUUGCAAGUUUUUCAUGCAAGUAAAACUUGAGAUCAUGAUCAAGAACAUGAUCUACUGAUCAUGCUUUAAUUUUACUAAUUAAAAAAUUUUAUGAGCUUGUGAUUAUGCUAUUGAUCAUGUUUUUCAGAAAUUGAUAUUUUUCUUCUUUUUUGGUGAUUGCCGUGAUUUGAACCCGAGUCCGCUGUGUUGUGGUAUGUCCUAAUAACUGUUCAUCUUGUCUAAUGCCUUCUGAAAUUAAAUAACUUUCAAAUGGCGAAAAGACAUAUUUAAACUAUAGAAAGUCCAAAAUAAUUUCUUAUAAUAGUGAUUUCUGCUAGCGCUUGUGAAGUAUAUAGCAAGGAUAAUUUGAGCAUAAUCUCAUGAGGAUGUCAAUGAUCAUGCUUUUUAUAUACUCUUUUGAUCAUGCUCUUGAGAGUAUAUAAAAGAUUAUGAAGUAAAAACUUGCAUACAAGUUCUUUAUAAUUAGAAGAUGAUUGAGUCCGCUAUUGAACAUGCUCUUUACUGGGAUCUUGAGAGGAUGUUGAAAAAGCGUAUUCUCAACCGUACUCUUGAUCAAGAGCAUGCUCUUUGUCUGUUAGGGAUCGAUUAUUUUCUAUAGUUAAUUUACCGAGUAGAACAGCAAAUGAGAGAGUGAUCAAUAAUGAAAAUGAAAUCAGAUCUGUUUAUUGGAUAGAAAAGUCCACUAGAGUCCACACAUAAUUAUGUUUGCUCUUCUGAUAAUAAUAGAUAGAUUGUUUGUUUGUAUUUCACAUCUCUCUUGACUUUCUACAAGACUGAAUGAGGGUACUGUUGUGUGUUGGAUAUAUAUUUUUUGUUCAUCAGUAUGUUAUAUUUUGAAAUAGAACCGAAGGAAGUGAACAAAAAUAAAAAUCAAUACAAAUGCCAUAAAUUGUGCUAGCAAAAAGCGUCAAACAUGUGAUGCAAUUUUGUUCAGAAAAAUAGUGUGAAUUACGUGCUUGGAAUCAAAAUCAUUCAAAUAUGUGUGUUAGCAUUAUUUCGAUGAAAAAAAGGAAGAGAGACAAAUUAUUCGGUACGUUUGUGCCUCAAAUUAACUACUUCCGCAAAAUUUGCGUCUUCUGUUCUCAUAUAAAAUGUGACUUCUAAUGACUUUAUAGCUUGUCUGUCUUUUGUCGAUUUUUAGUAUCCAUAAUUUUCAAUGCAGAUACUUUUCUCUCACUAAAUUAUCAAAAAAAACGACACAACAUAGUCUAAGUUAGAACAGACAGUCCACAAAAGAUGUCUGCAUUUGAAAUUCCAUUUCACACGCACAUGAUGUCUCAUCAAAACAUUUCAAUUCGCACAGUCAACGACUUCAUGAAAAAUUCAACAAUUUUUGGGAAAGUUGUUGACCACAGCAUGCAUGUAUCAUCAUCAUCAUGUGACAUAAUAGUAUGUUUAAUUGAUUUUAAUGCAGUGUCAAGUGACAAAAUUGAAAUUGCUAUUAGGAUUUAAAUAAAUAAAUGAGAUGAAAUUCUAUUCAUGAAAAAUUCAUUAUAAAAGC